GUCUCUGAGGCCAUGGCCGCCAAGUGGGCACAGAAGACCGUCGUCGUCCCUGCUCAGAGGCGCGGAUGCCAUCUCAUCACCCCCAAGAUUGUUGAAGAGAUACAACAAGAUUUGUCGGGCUUCAAAUGCGGCCUUGCUCAUCUUUUCCUGCAACAUACAAGUGCUUCUCUCACCAUAAAUGAGAAUUAUGACUCUGAUGUUCAGAGCGACACUGAAACAUUUCUGAAUCGGAUUGUGCCAGAGGGUCGAUCUGCACCGUGGAAGCACACAUUGGAAGGUGAGUAAACGUGAAAAUUGCAGCCUCCCAAUUUCAUUAACACCCAAUACUGAAAUAGCCUUCUUUCAUCUCUGGCAAUUGCCAGAAAAAUCAGUAUCAGCUGAUAAAGCAGUUACGAUUUAUUGAACUGCUGUGCUGAUCUUGGCAUUAAAUAUUGUAGAAGAGCUUAUGAUUGCCAUUCCCUAUGUAUAAUUCUUCUAAUCAAGCGACCAUCCUUCUCGAAUAAUAGCAGCAAGACUAUUAAUCAUGCUUUAUCUUUCUGUUUCAAUAAGACAGGAAUGGUUCUUCUCUUCUUUAAGGAAAGCACAC